AUGACUCAUGCUGGAGUUAACAGUUUAGGAAAGAUUUGGUACUUUAUAGAGGACAAUGUGGAUGUAGAGGUGAUUUAUGAUACUGUACAACAAGUUUCUUUGAAACUGGUGUUUCUAGAUCUUAAUAAAACCUUGGUCAUCACUCUUGUUUAUGCAAAGUGUGAUGAAGGAGAUAGAUUGCAGUUAUGGGAGGACAUUUAUCAUGUAGCAGGUUCCUUUAACUUUCCAUGGUUAGUUGGAGGGGACUUCAAUGUUGUUUUGCAUGAAGAUGACAAAAUAGGUGGGAUUCCUGUUCAGCCUCAAGACUAUGAAGACUUUGCCUUUUGUGUGAAUUCUUGUGAACUUUUGGAAACAGGUUUUAAGGGGAGUCAUUUUACUUGGUGGAAUGGUAGGGGAGGUGUUGAUUGUAUUUUUGAGAGGUUGGAUAGAGUUUCCUUUAAUCAGCAGUUUCAGCAGUGGUUUGCUGACAUAGAAAUAGAACAUUUGGCAAGAAUUGGCUCAGACCAUGCUCCUCUUUUCAUCACUUUGAAGGAGGGUCAGGUACUAAUAAGGCCUUUUAGAUUCUUAAAAUUCUGGACAGACCAUCAAGACUUUCUAUCUGUUGUAAGCAAUAAUUGGGCCUCAGAGGUGAUAGGGAAUCCUUUUAUUUUGUUUAAACAAAAGUUGAAGCAUCUAAAAGGUGUUCUUUCUGCAUGGAGUAAGGAGGUGUAUGGGGAUAUCUUCAAGCAGCUGAUGAUUAGAGAAGAAAUAGUCAGGCUCAAGGAAGCACUGUUUGAGUCUGAUCCUUCUCCUAUAAACAGAAUGGCUUUGGUAACUGAGGAAGAUAAUUCAUCUUUAGUGGCUUUGCCUGACAUAGAAGAAAUUAAAAGUGCAGUUUUUACAAUGAAUGGGGACAGUGCAUGUGGUCCUGAUGGUUUUUCAGGUACUUUCUUCCAAAUCUGUUGGAAUAUAGUAGGGACUGAUGUGUUCAAUAUUGUUAAAGCUUUUUAUGAAGGUUUCACUCUUCCAAAGUCAAUUACAUAUACUAAUCUGGUGUUGCUGUCUAAGAAGAAUGAUGUAGAGACUUAUGCUGAUAUGAGGCCUAUAAGCUUAAGCAACUUUAUUAUUAAAGUUAUCUCAAGAGUUGUGCAUGGAAGACUGGAAUCUGUACUGCCUAAGCUCAUCUCUGCAAACCAAUCAGGUUUUCUGAAGGGAAGAAGUAUAAUUGAGAAUGUUUUGCUUACUCAAGAAAUGAUCACAGAUAUUAGAAAAAGGGGCAGACCUGCUAAUGUGGUAAUUAAACUUGAUAUGGCAAAGGCCUAUGAUAGGGUAUCUUGGUUGUUCUUGAUCAGAGUUCUCAAAAGAAUGUGUUUUGCAGAUGGUUUUGUUGACAUAAUAUGGAGACUGAUUGCUAAUAAUUGGUAUUCAGUGAUGUUGAAUGGCCAGCCAUAUGGUUUCUUUCACUCUACUAGAUGGGUUAAAAAGGGUGACCCUUUAUCACUAUCACCUUUAUCACUAUCAUUGUUUAUACUUGCUGCUGAAAUACUGUCAAGAGCCCUGAAUAGCUUAUUUGAAGAUCCUAUGUUUAGAGGCUAUGGCAUGCCUAAGUGGAGUGUUGAUUUGAAUCACUUGGCAUAUGCUGAUGACACUAUCAUUUUUGCAUCUGCUGACAAGUAUUCACUAGAAUUGAUUAUGGGAGUGUUACAAAGAUAUGAGAUGCAAUCAGGUCGAACAUGA